AUCAAACAGUGGAAGUGUUAAUAUUCAAAAAGGUAUACGGUAGGCUUACAACGCGAAGAAAAUGAGAAUUGCAUUGACAUUCGUACUAUCAGCAUGGAUAGUUAUUUCAAGCAAUGCGCAACUCCUCUGCUUCUACUGUGACGAUUGUGAAAGCAGUUCAGUGGCAGUGGAGGCUUGUGGUUUGAACAGUCCCAUUAUAACUACAAAUGUACCCGAGGAAUCAACUACAGCAACUUCUCCAAUGACUUCAACAACACAGCCACCAGUCACAACAGCGAUUACAUCUGAUGGGCCCAUUUUGACUCCACCAACUUUUCCGACCCAGACCAGCCUAGGGGGUGGUAUGGUUACACCCCCAAUAACACCAAUGUGGGCUUUCGAAAAGCAAAGAGGUCGCCUGGUCAUUUCCCUUCCACCACCUGACCAAACUCCAUAUGUAUGUUCGAUGGUAAAAUUCACUGAUGGCCAACGUGAAGUGAUUCGGAGAGGCUGUGCACCCCUUGGACAAAAUUCGGACGAAACAUGCACUAAUCUUUCAGGCAAUUCUGGGCACACUCGCUGUGCCGUCUGUAUGACACAUCUCUGUAACAGCGGAAUAUAAUAAAAAGCACUUUUUGGAGAAAGUCUAGCGAUACCGAUGACUACGACACGUUACAAUUCACGUCGAAGGAUGAUUCUGGACAAAUGAAAAGAAUAGAUUUUUCUUUUGCAUAUCGUUCAGACUUGUUCUGAAUGCAUGGCAAUUGAGUUUUGCAGUUCUAGUCAUCAGUUAUGUAAAUUUUUUUAGUUUAAUUAAUUUAUUCACUCAUCUUACCUUGUCAAACAAUUUUAAUA